GAAAGAGCAGCAUCAGCGCCAGCGCCACGGGAUGGUAUUUUUGGAAUGGGGAAUCCCCCGCCUGCCGCAUAAUUAGACUUCUUGCAGUGACAAGCACAGCAGACUUGGUUACAGACGACGUAUCAAAUAUUGAAAAUGCUAUCUGAAAGAGAAAAGAACGGGGUACGGAAACUCUUAGGCAAGAUUCCAGAGGAAGACAUUGUUCAGCUUGCAAAUACUGUAACAAACAGACUUGUGGUUGUUCAAAACAGGAGAGAAGCUACAAAGGCAAUCGCUAUGUAUAGUGACAGUGCAGAACAACUUCUACGACGCAAACUGGUGAAACGAGAUGUUAUCUUCAGUUAUCUUGCUGACCUCCAUGUUCCUGUAUCACCUGGUGCAGACAAACACAAGCUUAUUCAGAAAGUUCUCAUGUGUUGGCAGACUUCUGAUGAUUUGAGUGGCAUAAAGGAUGAAUAUGAAACGGAUGAAAGCCCUAUUUCAUCUCAAGAGCUGUCUGACUCAUCCCAAGAUACGUUUCGUCUCUCACAAGAGAGUACAUCCAGAGACUCGUCAUCACACAGUACUCCAGCAGAUACAUCAUGGUGUCAAGAUUUAGCUGUACAAUUCUCUUCUUGGUUUUUCACACAACUCAACCAGCUUCAUCCCCAGCAAACUAAAGAAAGCAACAACGAAUGGGGACCAAGUCACUUCCUGGAUGACGCAAACCUGAAACUUUAUGUCCUACGGGGAACCGACCGUCGCCUGGAUGCAUAUGACGGCUCUGCUUUGGUUUCCCAGAGAUUAGGGUGCUUGGUGAAGGAUGAAGGAUUGGUUUUCAAUCCAAACCUGACUGCAGAGGGUACUCGAGGGUGCAGUGAGCCACAUGGACUCGUUAUGAUUGCAGUGUGUGGCACCAUCCACAAGGCAGGAAUGUGUAUAGGACUCUUUGAGCAAAACAUUGGACUUGUCAGAGAUCCCGCAGCUGAUAAUAACUGGAAGAUUAAAUUCAUCAACAUGCAAAUCAAAGAUGGUUCCUCCAGGAAUGUACCAACAUUAGGCAAUUUCUCUGAAUUAAAUGCUAUUUCAAUGUAAACACAGAUAAAUGGUCAUGGAGAUCAUUGGAUACUGCUGCGUGAUUAUUAAUCAAUUGAAAUUUCACCCCUCCCCCCUCAAAAGUGGUCAACAAAUAGGAAGUUGUGUAUCAUUCAUGGGGAUAUGUGAUUGACCAUGUACAUGAUCAGUGAAAAUCACCUUCUGUAUUAAAGCCACCCUGAACGAGGAUUGAAGUACAGUUGUAUUUUUGGACCCUACAAACGUGAAUUUUGUCUUCCAUUAAGUUAAAGUGACACUUCCCCCCAAAAAAAAAAAAAAAUUAGAAAUGCUUUUACAAUGUUGCUAAAAACAGAUGUGUUCAUGCAAAUUUUAAGAUGUCAUGAUUUAGAACAAAAACUUGAAAUGCUGUGAAACAGGUAUUUUGAAACAUGACACUGACAUUGCACUAACUGUUUGGUAGAAGGCUUCAAGUGGAAUGAGUGUGCUGAAGUUUCCUUUGUUUUUGUGGACAAAGUGCAUAGAAUAAAGGAGUCAGAAUUUGGCCAUUGUUAUUAUUGUCGAUGAUUUUGCUGGGACACUCUUUAGCAGAAUCUGAAUGAACAAAAGCAUGUAUCCUGAUUCCUAUUUGUCUUCCAGAUCUCAAAACCAUUUUUUUUCAACUCGGCUCAUGGAAAUGAAUUGUUUCAUAAAAAAUCAUAAAAAUCAUAUUUUUAGUAUGCAUUGUCUCAUUUAAUUCUCAAACCUUAGAUUUUGUGCAGAGGGCCUGUUAUACUUUGUAUUUGCUCUUAUAUUAAUUAAUGUAUUACUUACAAGAGAUCAGAGUUGGCCUAGGACUAUAUGUACUCUGCCGUCCGACAUAAAGAAGCAACUACAUGUACCUAGAAUGAGUUUCUUAGUAAAUGAAGAAAAUGUGUUGUUUUUUUAUGUGAAAAUAUACAUGUACAUAUACUUACUUGCCAUUAAAAUGUCUAUGUUUCACAAAUAGGGGGCUAUGUGACUCCAGCUCCUGUAGCACUAUGUAGAACAUACAGUAGAUAUCCCAAAGCAAGUAAAGUCAACUUAAAACAGAAAUGAGAGUAGCUUCCUCUUGUCAGCGGAUGGCGAUUCUUAUUUUAUUUGUUGACUCUAAAAAUAUUUGUUUGUGAUGAUUAUGGAUGUAACAAUGACAAAAAUAAACUUGUUUAUUUGUCUUGGAGAAAUCUGUCCACAGGGUUUUGUAUCACAUUCAGCCCUGUAAAUAAUCCAUGCAGAUCCCUGUAUGUAUGUAAAGAGAUAUUUCAAGACUUCACUCAUAAAACUCAUUAUUACUCUCAUUUUGGGGACACAUAUUCAUUAAGUAAUGCCAAUGUACUUGCAAAAUUCAUUUUAAAUUGGUUAAAUAUGGGCCAAGGCCGGAUCCACAUCUCAGAAAGAGUUGCAAUCAAAUCCACUA